AAUUUCACAACACUAUUUCCGCUACGGUCGCCGACGUCCAUUUUGCUCGCUUGUUGGUGCGAGCGUCCCUGAUUUAUGAGCUGUCUUCACAGUCGCCUGCUCAUCGAAGUUUGAACAAUGGAAGGAGCACCAGGAGGUGGUAGAGGUAGUUUUCGAGGCCGUGGAGGCCCGGGUGGAGUAAUGAGGGGACGUGGCGGUUUUGGAGAGAGAGGAAGAGGUGGUCCUCCACGAGGUGGCAGCAUGAUGCGUGGCGGACGAGGUAAUGGCCCUGGCGGGAGAGGAGGUCCACCCAUGAGAGGUCGAGGUGGUCCUCCUGGCAGAGGUGGACGAGGUGGACAUUUUCCUCCAGGACCACCAGAAGCAGGAAGUCGCGGCAUGGAUAGGGGUAGAGGAGGAUCCAGAGGAUCAAGCAGGGGUGGACCUAGUCGUGGAGGUGGCUUCGCUGAUCGUGGUGGUCGGGGGACUGGUGGACGUGGUGGCCCUACAAAACGAGGAGGAGGCCCACCUAGCUCGAGUGGACCCUCCAAAAGGCCACGCUUCGAUCAGCCGUCUUCCCAACCAUCUAAUGGUUAUGCCACUCAACCGCCUAGCCAAGGCGGUUACGGAGGUUCAAGUAACGCUUACAGCAGCCAACAACAACCGCAGCAGCAACAGUCAGUAGGAUACGGUAGCGGUGGCUAUGGCUCACAGCAAGGCUACACGCAGUCUUAUCAGGGCUAUGAGAGCUACCAGCAGCCCCAGGAUUAUGGACAAACGGGUUAUCCACCGUCCGCAGCAGAUAGCAGAUAUGGCGGGGCGUCAUCAGUUCCAGCUGCAGGAUUCGGCGCUAACGAUCCGUACAGUUACGGUAAAGCUCCGCCGUCAGCUGAUUACCAGCAGGAGGCAGUGUCAACCGCGGGACCGGGGGGCGGGGCCGGUUAUGUCUCUGCUAACCCAUAUGACGACCGAUCUAAUGCCAACAUAAUCAACCGGGGUUACUCGACGCAACCUUAUGAUUAUCCGAGUCAGGACGGUGUUUAUGGGAAACAGGAUUAUGCACGAGAAACAGAGAAAAAGUGGACGAGAAACACGCAAAAACCAGCAACUGCCCUAGGAAGACAAGCUAAUCAAAAAGACUGAAUAUGGGCGAAUAAGUAUGAUAAUUGAGACGAAAGAUUAUCUCGGUAAUAUAGUAAUAAAAAGUAGGUAUAUAUGUGAACAUUUUUAGGAAACAUGGUAGAUUAAAUGCCAUUUCGGACCGAGCCAUUCUUUCGUCUAUGAAUUCUUCGAUCGUUUGCAGUCGAUUUUUUCUUUAACGAAGGUAUCGAAAGCAUUGUUAGAUUGUAAGCAGUCUAGAAUGAAAGAUUUCUCAGAAAGAGUAAGUCUUAAAGAUGUGGCGAUUUUGUAAGAGUCGAAGAUUAAUUAGAGAUAUAUUCAAUGUUAAAAAUUGUUGAAACGGAUAUUGACCUCUUCUUCGACGUUUUCAGUAAGGAAAAAUCGACUCUGAACUGUAAAAUACAUGGACGAAAGAUGAAGACUCAUUUAAGAAAUCAUAAUGUCCAGUUAGAAAUAUUUAGUUAGAAAAAGGUAAAAGUAAAAAUUAGAUAACAUUUGAAGAAAAUUAUGUGAGUUUGUGAAAGUGUUUGUAAGUUUAAAGAUUUUAUUCUAAAAGCAUAUAACAAAUUUCACAUAUCUAUUAAUUUCAAAAUAACGUUACUAUUUCAGGAAUAUUUCACCCCUGAGUCAUACGUAAACGUAGCGUUGGAAAUAAUUGACAAGCCCAGAUAAGGCCCGACAUCUCUUAGUUUCUAAAAGUUCAAUCAUUAUUAGUACACAAU